CACAGACAUAUUCAGGAGGUAUCCCAACAGAUACGAAGGUGUGAUUGCUGAUUUGUGUUUGAAUCUGGAGACGUUGGAUGAGCCAGAUGCAAAGGCUGCGAUGAUUUGGAUCAUUGGCGAAUACUCAGACCGAAUAGACAAUGCCGAUGAACUGCUGGAGAAUUUCGUGGACGGAUAUUUGGAUGAGUUGCCGUCAGUGCAAUUGCAGUUGUUGACGGCUGUGGUCAAACUGUUCUUACGCAGACCACAGAAAGCCCAGAAAUUAGUACAGCAGGUGUUGAAGACAACCACAGAAGAGGUACAAGACCCAGACCUGCGCGACAGAGGCUACAUCUAUUGGCGACUGCUAUCAACAGACCCCGCCAUGGCAAAGCGCAUCGUGUUGGCCGAAAAGCCUCUGAUCAACGACAGUCAAGAACGCACCGAACCCAAACUGUUGGAAGAGCUGACCUCCACAAUAGGCUCACUCGCCUCAGUCUACCACCGCCACGCCUCAGAAUUCGUGGGCAAACCCCGCCACAAAAGGAGCUCAGGCAAUCGAAGUAAACCCGAGACACGUAUCAAUGCACAAGACAUGGGCGACACAGUCAACAGUACCACCAGCAUGGAUAAGGUAGCAGUGCAGCCAACCACGCCCUACAACCCUACAACCCUAAAGUCCUAUAACUCUAUAACCCUAAAACCGUACACCCAUACAACCAUGAGUGCGUGCGCGUGUGUCCGAUCACACGCGUGUGGUUGGGGGUGCUCAGUGGUUAAUAGGUAA